AUGUCUGUCUGGAAUCCAGACAACAUCAGGGAUGUCGCUGAGUCCCUUGGCAUCACCAACCUCAGCCAUGAUGUGAUUGAGAACCUUUGCCGCGAUGUUGAAUACCGGGUUGCGCAGGUGUUAGAAGAGGGGCUCAAAGAACUGCGCAAGGCCAAACGCACCAUGCUCACGACCCAGGACAUUUCUAUUGCUUUGCGCCAUCUCGAUGUUGAGCCUCUCUAUGGCUACGAAUCUCUUCGCCCAUUGCGGUUUGGCGAGGCAUCGCUGGGACCGGGCCAGCCACUAUUCUAUGUGGAAGACGAAGAGGUUGACUUUGAGAAGCUGAUUAACGCUCCUUUGCCAAAGGUCCCCAGAGAGGUCUCCUUUACAGGCCAUUGGUUAGCUGUCGAAGGCGUACAGCCAUCAAUUCCGCAGAAUCCGACUUCUGCAGAUUCCCGCAACCUUGAGCUGGUCUCAAAGGGUCCAAAUGUCAACUCUACUCUGGCAGCAAUGAGUGGUACCGGUGACGUGGCUGUGAAACCGCUGGUCAAGCAUGUACUUUCCAAGGAGUUGCAACUGUACUUCGAAAAAGUUUGCAGCGCCUUCUUGGAUGAGACCAGUGAGGAAUACCGGAUCUCCGGAUAUUCCAGUCUGCGAGAGGACCAUGGUCUUCAUCAGCUGGUUCCCUACUUCGUGCAAUUCAUCGCAGAGAAAGUCACUCACAACUUGAAAGACAUUUUUGUGCUAACCCAGGUGAUGCACAUGGCCGAGGCCCUGGUGCAGAAUCAGUCUCUUUACGUUGAUCCCUACAUCGCUUCUCUCGUUCCCGCUAUCCUGACUUGCUUAGUUGGCCGACAGCUUGGUGCUACUGCUGACCAAGUCGAACAAUUUACCCUACGUGAUCUGGCAGCAUCACUUCUUGGUUUCAUUUCGAAGAAAUACUCACACGCAUCGCAUACUUUGCGACCCCGACUUGUUCGGUCCUGCCUCAAGAGCUUCCUUGACCCCUCGAAGCCUUUUAGUGCCCACUACGGAGCGAUCAUUGGCAUCCAGGCCAUCGGUGGUUCUGAGGUAGUGCGUGUGCUCGUCAUUCCUAAUCUCAGCGACUACUCCAAACUCCUCAGUGAAGGCAUCGAAGACUCGGCUCGUCGUCCGGCUGCUGAGCGUGUGCUGAAUGCGUUGAUUGCCGUUCUGGCUAGUCUACGUGAUAGCAAAGUCUCGCUAGCCAAUGGCUAUCCUUCUGUCGUCACUGAAGCUCUGCGCUCCCGACUGGCAGAGAAGGUUGGAGAUUUCAUUGCUGGUCGGAUUGCUGAAGCAAACGAGGUGCAACUAGCACACUUGUUGGUUGACUCUUGA